AUGGCGAGAGGCAAGAAGACCGAGGAAAUUCCCGAGGAGCCACCCUCCGUCCAGGAAGAUCUCUACAAGAUUCUCGGUGUCGAGUCAAGCGCAACUCCCGAAGCAAUCAAAUCCGCUUACAAGAAGAAUGCCCUGAAACAUCAUCCUGAUAAGGUCAGCGAAGAUGCCCGUGACGAAGCCCACGCAAAGUUUCAACAAAUUGCCCUAGCCUAUGGUGUUCUGUCAGACGAGCGACGCCGCAAGAUGUACGAUCGCACCGGCAGCACUGAAGAAGUCCUCGGAGAAGAUGGCGAUUUUGACUGGAUGGAUUUCUAUCGCGAGCAGCUCUCCGCCAUGCUUGAUACACGCGCUAUUUCCGAUUUCCAGAAGAAAUACCAGGGUUCCGAUGAGGAGAAACGCGAUAUUUUGGAAGCUUACGAAACACACGAGGGUGAUAUGGAUGGGAUAUUUGACUCUGUGAUGCUUUCUAAUGUUCUUGAAGACGACGAGCGCUUCCGGGAAGUUAUCGACAAAGCCAUUGCGGACGAAGAAGUCGAGAGCCAUAAGAAGUAUUCUGAGGAAAGUGAGAAAAAGAAACAGCAGCGUAGGAAGCGUGCAGAGAAGGAGGCCAAGGAGGCUGAGAAGUUGGGUAAGGAGGUUGAAGAGAACAAAAAGAAGAAGGCUGCGGCUUCUUCUAAGUCUUCUAAGAAAUCUGCGAGUGGUGAGGAUGAUCUACUUGCGAUGAUUACCAAGAGACAACAGCAACGUGGACAGGGAUUCAUGGCUCAUCUGGAAGAGAAGUAUGGACAGCCUAAUGGGAAGAAACGUGGUGCCGCUGAUGAACCUCCUGAGGAGGCAUUUGCGGCGGUUGGUGCUAGGAAGACAAAGAUGUCGAAGGAUACUAAGCCUAAGUCGAAGAGGUCAAAGCCUUAG